AUUGUACGAUUGGGAUAGUUAAUAAACUUGUUUGUAAAUUGUACACCCUUGAUUUUACCGAAACAGUCCGGAUAUUCAAAAUAAAGAAAUGUAGGUAAAUACGAUUCACUGUUGAGGGUCAAACAAGUACAGCUUAGACAGGUAAGCUAAUGGGUGUAUAAAAAUAAGAAAAAAAGCCAUAUAAGUCAUGUGUAUCACAUUAGAAAAAAUGCUUUUCUUGUGUUCUGGGUAGGCACCAGGUACUGUAGCAUUCAUUUGCUACCAAAGAACAAGUCUUUACUCGUCUAAAUGACUGUGCGAGUGCAAGUCUAGGGAGAGGCUGAGCUCGCUCGUUUUAGCGGACCGCAAGAGCAAUGAAAGACUAGGAACAAGGGAACAGAAGGGAGGGGGGCUCCGGGGCAGCCAAAAUAAUAAAGAAUCUAGUCCAAUCUAGUACAUUAGUAAACUAGUUUAAAUUGGACUCGAAUCAUUUCGGCGUGAUGCCCCACAAAUAACUCUAGCUGCAUAGAAGUAAAUUGUCUAAAAUGUCCUGGAAAAGCGAAUUGUUUACUUUGCAUCGUCCUUGGAGAACACACACACGCUGAAAAAAUGCCCCGUCGUGUUACUAACUAAUGUCCUUCCGCACAUUCCAGAGACUGGAGGCACAACAAAAUAGUGCAGCUGCAUUUAGUUUGCAUCUGUAGCGAUUGCAAGUGUUGCUAACUUGCAAUGAAUCUACUUUCUGUCUUACGUGACAAGAAAAAACAAACGGAAUAUUAGGGUGGUAUCCAUGCGCGCUUGCUGGUGGGGAAGGUGUCCCUGUUUGGAGAAAAACGAGUCACAGCACCACUGCCAGAUAAAGGAAAAGAGGGGGAGGUAAGUAAAUUGGGGGAAGGAAGAAACAAAGUUCUUGAAUGUGUGAUACACUCGCAGAAUGUAUUUAUUCUUGAUUAUCAGUGAAUUCAGUUUGGUCAGUUAAGAACACUUUGUAGUCAGCGAACGCAUGCUUCCCGCUCUCUCUGAACUUCAAUGCUUGUUUUUGCAGCAAAGAUAACAUUCUUUUGAAAACGGGGAAUGAAAGGAAUAUCCACAUUCUUGAAACGUCGAAGGCUGCAUGUUUUUUCUUUGUGCGCCCCCAAUCUCUUCUCGUUUCUUCCUCUAAAAAUGUUUUAGGCUUGAAAGUGAAAGAAAGCAUUUGCAACCGUUUAUACUGAAAGAAAGAACAUAUUUUCCUGUCUACACUGGACCCCAGAACGACGAGAAAACCGAUCUACCAAGGAGCUUGCCCACAUUGCACUGAAAAGCCCACGCAGUCUAAAGGAUAACGGAGUCAAUGGACUAUCUUGCCCUUUCAAUAUAACGGAAAAGAAGAAGAAGAACAACUACAAGAACAGAGAGGUUGUAAUUGGGAAAUUUGAGUAGUGUAAUUAUUUGUUGGGCAAAUAGCGGAAACAACUCGCAGUUGGCUCUUGACCAUUCGGCUACAAGUCCAAUGGACCAUUUUUCAACUGAAGAGAGAUGCAGGUGUGGAGCGACGUAGACAAGUCUCUAAAGCAAACGGACUCCCCAACGAUAGUGUAACUACACUCAAGUUUUCUAUUUAUUUCCGUAUUUAUUUUCAACAUUGCUGUAUUGAAACAGACAGGACUGUAGAAGUAGUCAAAUUAGUCAAUGGAUACACUUGCAUCCCUCACAAUCUGUCUGUGUGGAUGUUCUGCGGUCAGAACAGGAUGACUCUAAAGACAGUAGGCUAGUUAUCACAUGAUUUGGACGUCAUGUAGCCAACCUAAAAUGUCUUAAACGUCUUAUUUAACGUAUCUUUUGUAUUUAUUGUGUACAUAUUCUUAGGCAUUCGUCUGUAUUUUUGAUGACUGUUUAGUGGGAGGUGGCUCUGUCUGUUUGUCUUUGUGUUUUAAGACUGGUCCCUGUCAUUUCAAUUCAACUACUGUAGACAAACUGUAUUGUAGAUGUAGGCCUACUUGAAAAUGUUUGUGUAUUUCAAUUCAUAGUGUAUUUAUUGCGUUAACUUAUGACAUAGUUGUAGCUGCCUAAUUUCAAGAAACAUAACAACUAGCACCAGACUAACACAAGGCAAACCAUGGACCGACUUGGAACUAAGCUAUUGGAAAAGUUGAAACUGACUGAUUCAGGAAGUGUGAAAUUUGCAAGUUCAAAAAAGGAAAAAAAGGAAUUGGCGAAUGCCAAUAACAGCAAUGGCAACAGCGGCAUCACCAGCAUCAGCAGCAGUGGACUUCCACCAACGCCCAACACUGCUUCCUCCUCGCCCUCAAGGCCCGGUCAGUUUUCCCUCGCCUCUCAACCCCCCAACGAGACCAGCGGGGCGAUGAUUGGACGAGGCAGCAAGGGAAUGGGAGGAUCUUCGUCUCAGCUGCUCUCUCCGUUGACCACCUCCACCCCGCUGCCCCCCGACGGCGACCAGCACCACCCGUCGACCUUGGCGCCUCUCCGACGCCGCUCCCCCCAACAGCGCGCCUCCUGCUACCUGGGCGAGGGCGUGGACAUCCAGAUGCGCCGGGAGUCGGGCCUGGGAGGAGACUGCGGCGACCCGUCCAUGGGAGCGUUCGGAUCCAAGGCCUCCCUGAACCAGCGCCGUUACUCCCUGGAGCUCCAGCAGCUGGUCCGGCGCCAUCAGCUCCUCUCUCAGCCUCCCCCCCUCUCCGUUCCCCCACCAUACCCCUUCUCGGCCUACGGCUCCGCCCCGCGCCCUGGGGCCCUGGCGGAACCGGCCUACCUCUCUGAGCCGGAGCGCCACAAGCGCUUCUCUCUCCAGGAGGCGCUGUUCUACAAGCGGCUGAGCACCGGCAGCGAGCUCUGGGAGAGCCCCAGACCAGCCUCCCUCUCCCACCCGCCGCACCGGCCCUCCGACAUGGGGGGAGGAGGAGGAGGAGGAGGGGGCUUCUUCUACCCCCCGGGGCCGACCCUGAGCCCCUGCUCCUCCUUCAGCCUACAGGAGUCUGUGCUAGUCAGCCCCAGGUCCAGCUUCGCCUCCAGCACGGCCAGCGGAGGAGGCGGCGGGAGCCCCAUGGGGAGCCGCUGCAGCAGCAACCGAACCAGCGGCAUCAGCCUGAGCUACGACACCCGCCACAGCACCUCCUCCGCCGGGCCGCAGCAGCAGCAGUUCUCCUCCCUGCAGCUGGGGGCGUCGGGGUACGCUGGGCCGGGAAGGGCCGGCGGAGCGCACUCGGCAGAGGGCUGGAUGCAUUACAUGGAUGCGGGGGCUAUGUGUGGACAAGGGGUCCAGGAUAGCCGGCAUUCUUACCCGCCCGCCGUGGGCAGCCCCGCGGCUGCGUGCUACCGGGCUGGACCGGAGUGGUGGGACGAACAGCGGAGCGGCGUCAGGGGAGAGGAGGCGGGAGGUCUGGCCGGGGAACGGGCUCGCUACUCAGACCUGCCGGGUACCCGGUACCAGGAGGAACUGACUCGUCUGUUGCUAAGGGACGCGGCGCUGGAAGGGGACGGGUUACUAGGGGGGCUGGGGGGACUGAUGCUCAAGGAGCACAAUGCUCCAAUCAAAGGCCUCGCCAAGCCUGCGACACUGGUCCCUGCCUCGGCCGGAGGACCAAUCAAAGGCCAGGAGGAUCCAGGGACGGGGAGGGAGGCUUCUGAAAGCCGCCAGGAGUUCUUUGGGACCUGUGUGAAGUGUGCCAGAGGUGUGUACGGCGCGGACAACGCCUGCCAGGCCCUGGACAGCCUCUACCAUACACGCUGCUUCACCUGCGUGUCCUGCGGACGCACUCUGAGGAACAAGGACUUCUACAACGUCAACGGGUCUGUGUACUGUAAAGAGGAUUACAUGUUCUCGGGCUUCCAGGCCGCAGCGGAGAAAUGCAGUGUGUGUGGUCACUUGAUUUUGGAACAGAUCCUGCAGGCCAUGGGGAACUCGUACCACCCGGGCUGCUUCCGCUGUGUGGUGUGUUCCAAGGCUCUGGACGGAGUCCCCUUCACUGUGGACCAUCAGAGCAACAUCUACUGUGUGACAGACUACAACAAAACCUUCGCUCCUAAAUGCGCUGCCUGUUUACAACCCAUCUUACCUACUGAGGGCAGCGAGGAUAUACUCAGGGUGGUGUCUAUGAACAAGGACUAUCACUUUGAGUGCUACCAUUGUGAGGAGUGUCGGAAGCAGCUGUCUGACCAGCCGGGGUCUCAGUGCUUUCCUCUGGACUCACAUCUCCUCUGUCAUCCCUGUCACAUGGCCAGAGUGUGCAUCGCCCCCAACACCACCCCCCACAACGUACACUGACAACUAUGCAGCUACAAGACUUCUCACACACACACACACACACACACAGUGUAGACCAACCCCUCCUCUUGCACACCCAGGGGGGGUCCAGAUCUUCUUGAAGGUCUCUCCUCGACGAGCUCAGACACAAACAAGCCGAAACAGAGAGACUUUUACUCUGAAGGCAGCAUAUGCUCUCACCUAUACAGGCUGGGUCCUGAUUAUGACAGACACAAGUGCCUUCAGCUUGAUUUCUAACCCUGGUGCUUCACAAUAAGAGUCCUGCUGCUCUUCAGAUCAUCACUGUACCGAUACUGUACAUGGUCUCAGAGUGGGAAUAACAGGCCAAACUACUGUUUUUAUUCCCCACCCCCUACAUGGCUACUGUUCGCUAGAAAAGAACAAGGGAUUAAUUUUGUUAAGUUCUGUAUUUAAUGUAAUUAGCAAACAAUUUGCACUUAAACAUUUGGAUUUUUGUUUACCAUAAGAGAUUUGUGUUUCUGUACAAGUACAAAAAAAAUACAUUCCUGUAUCUGUUGUAAUUAUUAAUAAAUAUUUUCCUUUUUGUGUUUAA